AUGUCCGGAUCGUCCACGCCCAACGCCGAGCGCGACACCGCGCUGCUCUCCAUCGGCGCCCAAUGCUACGACCCGACCUGCCACCUCGUCGACUUCCUCCCUUUCAAGUGUCAGCACUGCGCGCAUCUCUUCUGCCAGGACCACUUCAAGGCGCGUGCCGUGGAUGCGCCCGCGGGCUCCGGCACCGGCCAUGCUUGUGCCCACUACGACGAAUCGCGCGUGAACCGUAUUGCGCCGAGCUGCCCGCUAUGCUCCACCCCUGUUGCCGUCCCGCCUGGCGAGGACCCGAACGUGCGCAUGGACCGCCAUAUUCAGCAGGAGUGCGCGGUCACCACCGGGAGGCAGGGCGCGCCGAAGAGCAACCUCCCGCACUGCGCCCGUGCCAAGUGCGGGAAGGUGCUGUAUGCGCCGAUCGGAUGCGACAAGUGUCGCCAACAGUUCUGCCCCUCGCACCGCUUCCCGAACGCGCACAACUGCUCCGCCGGCGUUAACGCGCGCCCGACUGCGGCCAAGGCCAGCUCGGGGGUGUCGGCGCAACAGAUGAGGCAGGAGAUCAACCAGGUUGGUGCACGAGGUGCAGCGGCAAUGGCUGCUAUCAAGCGAUCCCUCGCGAAUGCUCCCGUCUCCUCCGCCUCCGCCUCUGCUUCACGGUCGCCUGCUCCGCCUAAACCGGCUGCCGGCGUCACCACUACAACUACGUCCACAUCCAGCGCGGCGCAGAAGAAGUUGAACCCAUUCAGCGCCACUGACCGGUGA